AUGUUUAACGGAAUGAAUAUGAUGGAUCCUGAGUUGAUGAGACUCGCUCAGGAGCAGAUGAGUCGCAUGUCACCCGCCGAGUUGGCGAAGAUCCAGCAGCAGAUGAUGGCUAAUCCAGAAUUGAUGAGGAUGGCCUCCGAGGGCAUGAAGAACAUGAGGCCUGAAGACUUUAAACAGGCUGCAGAGCAGUUGAAGCAGACCCGUCCGGAAGAGAUGGCUGAGAUUGGUGAGAAGAUGGCUAGUGCAUCGCCUGAAGAGAUAGCAGCUAUGCGUGCCCGUGUUGAUGCCCAGGCCUCUUACGAAUUGAAUGCAGCCCAGAUGCUGAAGAAUCAGGGAAAUGCACUUCAUAGCCAGGGCAAGUUCAAUGACGCCUUGCAGAAAUACUUGCUUGCAAAAAAAAACCUGAGCGGUCUUCCAUCAUCUAAAGGCAGAUCGCUUCUGAUGGCAUGCUCACUCAACUUAAUGUCUUGUUACUUGAAAACAAAGCAGUAUGAUGAAUGCAUAAACGAAGGUUCUGAGGUUUUGGCUUAUGAUGCAAACAAUGUCAAAGCUCUUUACCGGAGAGGUCAAGCAUAUAAAGAAAUGGGUCUAUUAGAAGAUGCUGUCUCUGAUCUGAGCAAGGCACAUAAAGUUUCCCCUGAUGAUGAAACUAUUGCAGAUGUUUUAAGAGAUACUGAGGAAAGAUUGGGUGAAGAGGGAGUUCAGUCUACACGAAGAGGAUUAGUAAUUGAAGAAAUAACCGAAGAAGUUGAGACUCUGCCAUCUGCUAACCAUAAAAGCUCAUCUACAAACCAUUCUCCGGCACAACCAAAGGAAAGUAAUGACAUUUCUAAGACUCGGAUUGCAGCUAAGCCUGAGGUUCUGCCAACCAAUUCAGAGCAUUUGGAGGCUUUAAAAAAUAACCCAGAAGCUAUCAGAUCGUUCCAAAAUUUCAUUUCAAAUGCUGAUCCUAACACUCUGGCUGCUUUGAAUCCUGGAAAUUCCGAAGAGGUUCCUGCUGACAUGGUUAAGACCGCCUCAAACAUGAUUAGCAAAAUGUCACCUGAAGAACUACAGAAAAUGCUUGAAUUGGCUUCCUCAUUUCAGGGGGAUAAUCCUUUUCUAAAGGGAGGUUCCAGUUCUAAUAUCAACAAUUCUGUAACUCCAAACAUGUCUCCGGAUAUGCUUAAAACUGCAUCUGAUAUGAUGAGUAAAAUGCCAUCGGAGGAGCUUCAGAAAAUGUUUGAAGUAGCAUCUUCUUUUAAAGGGAAAGACUCUUCUACAACACCAGCAUCUGUUGGGGCUAACAGAAGAAGUUCAUCAAAUUAUUCAGAAAGCCGUGAAAACUCUGCAGUAAAUGCAACUCAUGAUGUAGAUGAAACUAGCUCCCAUGGAAUGUUUCCUAAUCUGGGAAGUGCUCCUCAAUCAAGCUUCCCUGCCUCUGCUGUUGAUAUGCAAGAACAAAUGAGAAACCAAAUGAAGGAUCCUGCAAUGCAACAGAUGUUCUCAUCCAUGAUUAAAAAUAUGAGCCCAGACAUGAUGGCAAACAUGGGCGAGCAAUUUGGUUUGAAGCUUUCUCGGGAAGAUGCCGCAAAAGCUCAGCAAGCAAUGUCGUCUUUGUCGCCACAGGACUUGGACAGAAUGAUGAAAUGGGCAGAUAGGAUUCAAAGAGGAAUGGAAGGUGCAAGGAAGACAAAGAAUUGGCUGCUAGGGAGAGCUGGUUUGGCUUUGGCAAUAUGCAUGCUCAUUUUAGCUGUAGUGCUUCAUCGUUUGGGGUACAUUGGUGGUUAGAGUAUAAUUUUGUUCGUAACUUAUGAAAGAAGCAUCCGGAGUCCAACCUCUAGCUAAGUGACACUUCCAAAAGCCAAUGUCUCCCUGAAUGCAUCAAGAGAGGUGCUGUGUAACGGUUAUUUAUCGUCUAGGAAAGGAAGAAAAUGGGAGAGGGAGGGAGGGGUGGUUCUUCAAUGGGUAAAGAUAGUCCCAUGAUCUCUUUUUGCACGUACGUCAUCACUAGUCGUAGCAUUAUUUGAUUUGUUGAGACUGGCUUGCAUUUGCUUUUGCAUAAUUGGAAUCUCGCAAAAGGGAUCCAUUAUGGAAUUGAUUUGCGCUACUUUCUGUAAAAUUAUGGUAAUAAUAAGUAAUCUAAUCCCUGAGCGUAUGAAGUGUUUGAUGUGUUC